AUGGUCAUCGGCCUCUUGAUGCUGUCGUCUAUCCCGGCAGUCACUGGCGUGGCGUUCGGCGUUAGCGAGCAGCGCAAGUCGAACCAGCGCCGAGAAGAUGCGCGGCGAAUGGUCAAGUUCAAUAUCGACGCCCAGUGCAGCGGAGAUACGGAUGAUGAUCGCGAUGUACAUGGGCGGAGGGUCGUUGUGCGAGACGAAAAGGUCUACCUUGACGAUCCGAAUCCUGCGAAACGAUCCCAUCCUGCCUUUACAUCUCUGGCCUUUUAUAUUGAGUACCCAGAGCUUGACGAGACGAAACAUCUCAAUCGAGGUCUAGGGCUACCGACAUACGUGCAGGCCAAUCCGCCGCUAUUGAACUGGAUCUACGCGGACAAUGAUACGUAUGAGUUGAAGUACGGAAACCGCACACAGAGCGUGGAACAUCUUGUCGGGCCGUGGGACUGGACAGAAGAUGAAAAAAGUAUUAUUUUAGAAGAGAAGAGCGCGUUCGUGGCGGUUGAGGAGGAGGAAGGCGAAUGGGCUCUAUACUUCGAUCGGGACGGGGAUGAGUUAGCGCGAGUACUGGAAGAGCAGGACAUGUUGGAUUGCGCUUUUGUCCCCGUAACUCUUAUCAGACAGAUCGUUGAAGAGCCACCUGCUCCAAAGGCACAGAGUCAGGGCUAA